GACGAGCGAAAUUUACUGAAGCGCAGCGCUGGUUGUUUUGGUCUCCUGAAAACCUCUAUUAAAAUUAAGAAAAAUUGCAAUUAACUUGGAUUUUUUCGAAGCAGUUGGUCUAUAAAUAUUCGAAAAACUUUCUUCAUAAACUAGAUCACAAUGUUGUACCUAGAGGACUACCUAGAAAUGAUCGAGCACCUCCCGCAGGAGCUCCGGGAUAGAUUCACUGAAAUGCGAGAGAUGGAUCUUCAAGUUCAGAAUUCUGCAGAUAGCCUGGAAAAACAGGUCAAAGUAUUCUUCAGCAAGGCUAAGAAACUAAAGCAAACUGAAAGGGAUGUUGAACAUGCAACGAUCCUAAAAGACUAUUAUAAGGCUCUUGAAAUUGCCGACGAAAAAGUUCAGCUGGCGAGUCAAAUUUUUGACCUGGUCGACCGCUACUUAAGGAGGUUGGAUCAAGAAUUGCAUAAAUUUAAAAUGGAGCUGGAGGCUGACAACAAGGGCAUCACAGAAAUACUCGAAAAGAGGUCUUUGGAUCUUGACCAACCGGUGCAAAGUGCUCAAAAAGAGAACCGUUAUAGCUUGGGGAUGCAAAGGACCCAAGCCGAAAAACGAUCCAGCAGUGGAACCCUUCAUGCUUUGAUAGAGAAAAAAAUGGCUGUCGAAAGGACCGUCGGUGGUUCUAGUUCUCAACAUCAACAACAACAGCAUCAACAAAUUGAAGCCCGCCCCAUUAGCAACAGCAUGGCCAUGAUCCCUGUGCAGCAGCAAGUUAAUUUCUCGCUCAGCCAUAUCGGUGCCGGAAGUUCCGCAAUAGCAGCAGCUGCCUCGCAGGCGAUUGCAGCUACUCAACAGAUGCAACAGGGUCGAAGGACUGCAAGCUUGAAGGCUAGUUACGAAGCCAUCAACACGGGCAUCAACCCCCACGAACUGAGCAUCGGGCGAGAACUUGCUGGUGCUGCUCAGUCUGCCAUUGCUGCUGCUAUCUUGCCAGAGCAGCCUAAGAAACAAAAGAGCCGAAGGACAAGCACAGCAGCAUCAAUGGUGAAUUCUCCUGCCAACUCGACCAGUUCUACUUCCGCAAUGACUACGUCCACCAUGCUCUCAAUGACCGUCGAACCCUCUCCUCCAGCCGUUGCGACUGACGAGGUGUAUGAAAAUAUUACAGACGGGAAUGCCGAAAGUAGUGAUUGGGCAUAUGAUCCAAAUGAGCCUAGAUACUGCUUUUGCAACCAGGUGUCCUAUGGAGACAUGGUUGCUUGCGAUAAUGAAGAUUGUCCUUUCGAGUGGUUCCACUACCCCUGUGUGAACAUUACGGCGCCUCCCAAAGGCAAGUGGUACUGCCCCCGGUGCACAACAAGUAUGAAACGCCGUGGAUCUCGCAAAUAAGUAGGCAACAGUUAUUUCCCUAAUGUAUGCCCUUUUUGGAAUUGUGUAUUACGGACUGAUGCGGUACACGACAAAACGCUUAUUUAUCGUUCGUUGGAAGUUACAUUUUAACGACUGCUUUUAAAAUUGUUAUUAUUUGGCUCAAGGUUUUUUUCCUAGUAAAGGAGUUCAGCAGUGUAAAUUAAUUACAAUAAAUAAUUGGAUUUAUUAAUACAAAUCAUGCAAACAACA